AUGGCGCCGAGCGCACGUGAGGCGGAAAACUGGCGGACCCGCGGGCUGAGUCAGCAGGCGGCGUACGGGCGGAUACACCAGCGUUACUUUGAUUACUUACGGCGCCGAUGUUCUUCUCCACAGUUUUGGCGCCGAGGGUUUCGCUGUAAGCAACGACAACACAUCAUGCACAGGCGGGCUGCUUUGGAAGUAAGUUUAAAUGUCUUCUUAUCUGCUAGCUCUGUAUCUAACACUCUAUCUUCAUUUUCAGCUAUCCCGCCGUCACGGUGUCGAAUGGUCGUGCGCAACCGCCCGCAGAAAUGCUGCCUUCGUUCCGGUAGUAGGCUUGGUUCCUCGACGGCAUUUUCGAAUCUCUCCUCUUCGCCUCGAUUCUUCUGA